AUGAGCAUCUGCACCAAGCUGUGCCCAUGUCAUGGUAUGCUCGGCGUCUGCCCUUGCACAGGCCAGCUGCGGGCCGUCCAGUGGCUGUGCUACUUCUACAGCGUCGUCAUGCCCAGCGAGGCCCAGUGCGUCAUCUACCAUGAGCUCCAGCUCUCUCUGGCCCUCAAGGUGGCCGACAAGGGCCUACAGAUCCACUCUGGACUACAACAAAGAAGUCUGGGGAUUUUCAUUGACCUCCAGAAGAAAGAGGAGGUGCGUGCCUGCCUGCAAGCAGAGAAGAUCUAUUACAUCCUGCGGCAGAGCGAGCUGGUGGACCUGUACAUCCAGGUGGCACAGAAUGUGGUCCUGUACACAGGCGACCCCAACCUGGGGCUGGAGCUGUUUGAGGCAGCUGGACACAUCUUCAAUGGGGCCUGGGAGCGGGAGAAAGCCAUGUCCUUCUACCGGGUGAGCUGGCCUGUGGGCUGAUGUAGGUGGGCCUCAGGGGGGCACCAGGAGGGCAGAGGCCUCCCACCUGGAGGCAUGGCCACCCAUGCACAUGCUUAGUUUCCUAGUGGUCUCACCGGGAAUGAUAUUGACCGUGCCGCUGCCUGGGAGAAACGCUCGGGUCUGGAUAUGACAGUGGCUCUACCCUUGCAUCUGAUGAUCUCAACCAACCAUGAGUGGAAAGUCCUGUCAUCUGGAUGAGGAGGACACUGAGGCUCAGAGAGGCACAGGGACAUGUCGAAGGACACACAGCACGUCAGUGGGAGGCCCAGGGCCAGCGCCCAAGUCUGCCUGCACCCCGAAGCGGGAACGGCUUCUCCCUUCCUCUGAGCUCACGGUGUGGCUCAGCCCUGGGCACAGAUAAAUGUGUUUUUAGAGCAGAGAGGAGUGCUGGCUCCCCCCAGUCAGACCCCCAGUGCACAGGUGGGAGAGGCUGGUCUGAGGCUGCCAGGUGUAGCUGGAUGGGCCUCAGAUGACUCGUCAGCCCCCAACUUGGGUGUCUGAACCGUGCGUUAUCCCAGAGCACAGAGCUCUGUGGAGGUGCAGGGGUCACUGGGGCGUGGGAAGCUCCAAGCACAUGUCUGAGCUCUGAGGAGGGCGCUGGGCCAGGUGGGUGCUGCCGGAAGCCUGACCCCACCUGCCUGUGUGGUAGGACCGGGCCCUGCCUCUGGCAGUGACUACGGGCAACUGCAAGGCGGAGCCGCAGCUGCAGCUGUGCAACAAGUUGGUGGCCACGCUGGAGGAGCCCCAAGAGGGCUUGGAGGUUGCCCACAUGGCCCUAGCACUCAGCAUCACUCUGGGUAAGUCCCCUGAGCGCCCACCCUGCCAAGACCCACACUUUGCCAGAGCCGAGCCCCCAGGUCUGCAGGGCAGGAGCUGAAACAGCUGCUGGAUUUGCCCGGUCUCCUGUCCAGGCAAGCAGAUCUGCCCAGCUGGCUUCCCUGUCUGGCCGUGGGGCACAGCCCGAGGUCUCUCACGUAGUGCAGAGUUCCCUGCCUGGCUGAGCUCUGCUUCCUCUGUCUCUUCCCGCUGCUGACCACAAGGGCCGCCCAGUGUGCCCUCUGCCUUCCAGACAUGCCAGGCAUCUCGGUCCCUGGAGGUGCCAGACUGAGUGGCACAUUCCCUUUGUCUUGUGCCCCUCCCACCCUCAUCAACCACACAACUCUCUGGCUGAUGAAAUCCCAGUUCCCCUUCCAGCAGCCUGCCCCUUAAGGCCAGGCAUCCCCCGUGCUGUUCCAGGGUCGUCUGUCCUCCUCCAGAGACAGGGAACCCUGGGCGGGCCGCAUGCCCCAACGCCUUGUGCCUUGGGGCCCAGUACACAGUAGGUGUGCAGCUGUGUGGGAAUGCAUUGAAUGCAGGCUCCAUGGCACUCGCCCUGAAAAGGGGAGGACAUCAGAGACAGCCUAGGUGGGUUUGUGUAUCUGUGGGGGGACCUGGAGCUCAGGCAUGUGGUGACUCCCCAAGGUAAGGGGCUCUGAUCCUGACACACCCAGGAGUCGUUGGAUGUCACGUCUGUGGGCUGCAUGGAGCCGGGGUGCCCGGGAGCACCUGGACUGCAUGGGUUUUGGGCUCCCCUGGUUAAAACCAGUGAACAAAGGCAGGUGGCUAUGUGUAGGCACAGAGCUGGGCCAUCCAAGCCCGACUUUGCCACAGCCUCACAGUAGACAGGGGCAAGCCUUAUUAGUUCUGCUUUGCAGAUGGGGAAGUGAGUCUGGGAACCCAGAAGGGACUGGCCAGAGCUGCCCAAGUGACCACAGGUGCCUGGAGGCAAGCCAGGUGCUGCCCAGGGUCUGCAUGCCUGCACCCCAGGGGACUGGCUGAAUGAACACGUGGCCUACCACUGGCUGGCCGCCCUGAACCACCUGCUGGGCCAUGGCAAGCUGGCGGAGCACUUCUACCUCAAGGCCCUGUAGCUCUGCAUCUCGCUGCUGGAGUUCGACGAGGAGACCCUCUACUACAUGAAGGUGUACCUGGUGCUCGGUGACAUCUUCUACGACCUAAAGGAACGGUUUGAUGCAGCCAGGUACUAUCAGCUGGUACUGGCAGCCACCGUGGACCUGGGCAACAAGAAAGGCACAGCUGAAGACCUACACGCGUGGCCGGC